AUGGAGCCUGCUGGCGAAGUUUACCAGACUUUCUUCUCGCUUACUGAAAAUGUUAGAUUUGUAACUUCACAGGACGAAAGUGGGCGGUGUGGUUUGACUCUCGCCGACCGGAAACCUAAUUCCCGGAUGCGGCCGCGGGGAUCUCACCGGAAGCUCGAUAAACGAGCACAUCCGCCACCGUCGCCCGCGCCGCAAAAUUUGGCACCGCGAGCGCUCGCAGCCCGCUUCCGGCCCCCGCCCCCCGCCGCACGCUCGCCUGCGAAAAUAGCGGCCGACCGCUUCGUGUACGCGGUUCAUUCAGUAUGGCCGCCUUCCAUUCAUAAAAAGGCGAGGCGCGAGCGGCGGGACGCGGGCGGGGGCGCGCCGCUCCGCCGGCCCGCGCCCGCCCGACGCCAGUGCGGAAUGUGCCAGCGAACGGAACGGUCGUUUCGUUGGAGCGUAGCGCCGACGCUCCCGGUUUUCCAU